AUGAAUUCCAUUGAAAUUUCUCAGAAGGCUCCGACAAACAUACAAGCAAUGCGCCGGCCACUCGACAUCAGCAGCAAGCACGCGAUGAUUGCAAAAUGCGACGAAAAAAAAUUUAGCUUAACAUUCUGUUUUAAUUUCUUUAAUUGGAUUCAACAUCGAGACAUUCCAUUUGGUCUUGAGAUGACGUCACUGAAAGCGAUCACGAGAAUGAAGUAG